GCGGGUACACGGGCAACCCCGGCCAAAGCAUCUCCGCUCAUAGGUACGGUAGUGAGGCCCAAAUCCGCAACAGGAUCCGUACAAGCGGUUUCUAAAGAUGCGAAAGCCACCGGAGCUGAGCCUGCUGAAAAGGAAGCGGGAACGGACAUCAAGAAAGAUAUAGCGCAAAAGGACAUUAUAGGAAGCAAUGCCAUGACUUCUACAGCUAAGCCAAAAGGUUUGGGGAGCGUGCUUGGAGCUGUUGCCAAGAACAGAGACGGUAGCCCAUCCGCAGUCUCUGAGAGUAGCGUCUCUCCCGUUGAGCAACGAAAUAGCCCUCCACCAGGAGCUGCAAUGAUGGGUGCAGCAGCAGGAGCUAAAUAUCAGACCAAGACAGGCGUGGACGGUGACGCUGCUCCUAUCGGGGGUGCUGGUAAAGCAAAAGGCGGGGGCUUUGCCGCACUUGCCAGGGCAUCCUCGGGUGAGGACUCACCUGGCGCUGCGUCCGAAGGCGACAAAAUGGAUAAGCUCACGAAUAUGUUCGGUCCUAAGAAGAAGGCCAUUGAUGCUACCACUGGAGACUCCUCUGCCACUGAAGGCAAGCCUAAACCUCCAAAUCCGUUUCUCAUGGCUCGCGGCGCACCGAAUCCCGCAUCGCCAACGAGUGAUGGUCCGUCCUCGCCGAUGGCAAAAGCAUCAGGAGGCACACUCUCGCUUACCAGUGCACUCGUAGCAAAAAAAGCCGCAGCGAGGAUCAAAGAGAAGGCGAAGAAGCUCCGAGACGAAAAGCUUAAGAAAAUGUCGGAAAUGCCGGAGUUGACCGACAAUAUCGUAAAGCAACGGAAAGCCAUGCGCGCCAGGAAAGAUGUUAGGUACUACUUAAUUUAAAAGAACUGCGAGAAUGUUUGAUCGGCUUUGCGCGAAAACCGUUAGCGAUCCGCGGUCCUUGUUUUUUGGCUGGGAUUCACCUAUGUGUAAAAAUAUUGCCUACACUGGGCUCCACAAAGAUUCAUCGGCAUACUUAGUUGAUCGAUAUCACAGUUUGAGAUUUUCAAGCACAGACAGAACCACGUGGCGCGAAUCCUCUUAUCUUCGAUCUGUCUAGAUGAUCCUUGAUUCAAAAUCAAAUUGUUUAAUGUCAUCUCCAAAAAUCAGCCUAUUGA